AACCGACACCCCGGACGUGGAAGAGCAACCUAGAUUCUACCUUGGCUCACACAAUCCGGAUAAGCAAUAGCAGAUUCCGACAGGAGCCCCGCACAGAAUCAUGUUGGCAAACAUCCUCAAGGAGCAUAAUCAAAGAGCUGCUCAAAGACGGGAUGAACUUGAGCACAAGAGGAAAGUGGCGAUCAACGCCACGAAUCAGUUCACCUCCCUGAUGAUGGAUCAUUUGAAUGUCGGGGUUGCGCAAGCGUAUUUGAACCAGAAGAAGCUCGACGCUGAGGCAAAACAGCUCCACGCGCACAGCCAGCAGCUCCUUAGGCAGACCGAACAGUGGACGUCGCUGCUGGAUAACUUCCACAAGACUCUUAAAGAAAUCGGCGACGUCGAAAACUGGGCGAAAAUCAUCGAGACCGACAUGAAGUCCAUUUCGUCCGCUCUGGAGUACGCUUACAACGCGGAUAAGGAUGCGACUCAUAACGAGACGUAGCUGGAGCGUUGCACGAGGAUUAUACCCGAUCAAUCAAUCCGAUUUGUUGAAUUAAUGUGUACAUAAAGGUCAUAUAUGGGAGUGAAUGGGUACAUCUCUUGUCCACAGUAUACAGUAGAUUGAUUCCUCAUUCGCACCUGCGAGAGUGGCUCCCCAUAAUAAUUAUUCCCGAGAUGCGUCCAGAAGAACUGAGCAUUACUCCCCCGCUUGAGCUUCACUUUGGCGGGCGAAGGGGAUUACAUGUACUGUACAUAUGGAAAAAAGAAAUAAACAAGUAGUCG